CUUCUGGGAAUCUGAGGCCCGAGUGUCGAACGACCGCCCUUUUCGGAGCAACGAGAGAAGAACAGCCCUACAUGCGUCGGGAGAAAUAUUAUCGCAAAACAACUGUCUAAAGCUUUGGAACCGAACUGGUGACAAGGGUCAGGUGAAUAAUGGCGGCUGAGGUGGAGGUGGAGGUGGAGGUGGACCAUGGUAGUGAGUUCCCAGCCCACUAUAAGGUCAUGCUGGACAAACUGAAUGAACAACGACAGCUUGACCAGUUCACAGACAUCACUCUGAUUGUAGACGGGCACCAGUUCAGAGCUCAUAAGGCAGUGUUGGCAGCAUGCAGUCAAUUUUUCCAUAAGUUCUUCCAGGAUUUUACCCAGGAGCCACUGGUGGAGAUAGAGGGAGUGAGUAACUCAGCCUUCCGCCAUCUGAUGGAGUUCACCUACACUGCCACCCUGGCUGUAGGAGGAGAGGAGGAGGCCUACGAUGUCUGGAAGGCAGCAGAGUACCUCCAGAUGCAGGAAGCCAUCAAGGCUCUCAACAAUAAGAUGAGUGACACUUCCUCACAAGGUCUCACAGGAAAAAACAAAGCCAAAAAGAGGAAGAUUGCAGAAACAUCUAAUGUGAUCACAGAGACUCUGCCCUCAGUAGAAGGGGAACAGGUGGAGAUUGAGGUGAUAGGAGAAGGGCCCAUAGAGGUGGAGGAGUCGGGGCUGGAGGAGGUGGUUGAUGCAGCGAAGAAUGCCCAGGCUGCUUCAGAUGACUCUGCUUUGGCUCUUCUUGCUGACAUAACCAGCAAAUACCAGCAGGGGACACCAACACUGCAGGUGAUCAAGAAGGAUGGAAUAGAAGAGCAGGAGGUCGUGUAUGAGGAUGAGUUGGUGACUGCGCCCAAGGUCCUGGAGAAUGUCGAGGUUGUAGAGGUCCAGAUCUCCCAAGUGGACAACAUGUUCCGCUGUAACAAGUGUGACCGCAGCUUCAAGUUGUACUACCACCUCAAACAGCACAUGAAAACACACGUCAGCUCGCAGGACAAGCCCCAUGUGUGCAGUCACUGUGGUAAAGCCUACACGCGAGAGGGGGCCCUGAAACAGCACAUCAGCACAUUUCACUUUGAGGCAGAGGAGCUGUUUCGAAAUCAAAGGCCCCAGAAGAAAGUGCAUGUGUGUGAAUACUGUGAGAAACACUUUGACCACUUUGGACACUUCAAGGAGCACCUGAGGAAGCACACCGGUGAAAAACCUUAUGAGUGUCCAAACUGUCACGAGCGAUUUGCAAGGAACAGUACGUUGAAAUGCCACAUGGCAGCAUGCCAGAAUGGGGCGGGAGCCAAAAAGGGACGCAAGAAACUCUAUGAAUGUCAGGUUUGCAGCAGUGUAUUCAACAGCUGGGAUCAGUUCAAAAACCACCUGGUGAGCCACACAGGGGUGAAACCCAAUCACUGUACAAUGUGCGACUUGUGGUUCACUCACCCCAAAGACCUGAACGCUCAUCUCAAAGACAUCCACGCCAUAAUGGACAACAAGGCUCUGGCAACCGAGGAGCUGGUUGUGGCGGACUCUGCUGCCACCGCUGCCCUCACCAUAGCAGCACAACACAUAGAAGGGGGAGAAACAGUUCUGUUGGAUGACGGGAUCCAGGUGGAACACGUCACAGUGGAGCCGGUGGACGUGAUGGAGAUGGAGGAGACGACAACAGUUGUGGUGGAGGACGGCGGGAUGGCAGAGAUGUGCGAGGAGGACGUGGAGAGACUGAAGCAGGCUGGUGUGGAGAUCCAGGUGGUGCAUGUGACGAGAGAGGUGGACGGACAGCAGGUCGUGAACUCUCAGAUGGAAGUACAGGUGGAGGGAGAGGUGGUGAAGGUUGAAGAAGCAGAGCAAGCGGUGGUUGUAUGAGACAUUAAAGUGACUGUCUUAAAUGGCCUUCAAAGAAGAAGUGAUGUUUGGGUUUCCAAGCAAAUACUGAAAUACAACUAUACAUGUCAUUUUCUCCCUCCUGAAUGGCUAUGGCGAUAGUGACUCGCUGCAUUAUCCUGUAGUUGACAUCUUAUUCCCCCAUACCGAGUUCUGCAUGUGGGAUACGGUAUGUCACCGUAAUAUGUCUUGCUGUCUGCUGUCAAACUGAAUGAUGCAUUUCCUAUCACCCUUAAUCUUUGGACUCUUAUGAACAGAGACUAUGGCCAUUUUAGUUGAUGAUGCUAUAUUUAUUUUAAAGCCGAUUGCCAUAUCAGAAAAACAGGUUUUUCUUAAGAACCUCACAAUACUUAUUGAUCCGUUUUCAUCCAUAUAUAUUUUUUAGAUUUCAAUAUUUUUAUUUUCUUUGUCUGUUUUUUCUGCACACAAUGUUCUUUCAAGUUGGGUAAUUGCCAAGACAGUGUCUUGUGAGGAGAUGCUUUGUUCCAACUCAUAGGACUACUGCUGUAUGGUGCUGAUGUAGCUCAAUGUUAAUGCCACAGUUUUGUUCCGGCUUAUUUUCAUACUGAUGUUAGCGUUUUUUCUAGAAAGAAGAAUCGGACAUGGAAUAAAAUUAAUUUACACAGUGGGCUGCAAGUCUGGACUCCAUCAAUUAAGUCUUAAUUUCUUAAAGUUACUCACUUUAUUGCAUUAGAUUUGGUAUUAAAAAAAAAAGGAUUAGGUUAUAUCUUUUCCUGUAGCAAACAUGUUUUCAUAAGUGGAGUUUAUAAUGCAGAUAUUUUUGAAAACCGAGGUCAUCAAGUUUUUUUCUUCCAUAAUUUAUCUGACAUUGUUUAAGAUGCUGGUCUUGUAUUUCUACAAAACAAUAAAAUGAUGCGUGAUACCUCU